AAACAACUCAGGACUGAGUUGUACUUUAGUUCCUCAGUUCUACACUUUUCUGUCUCUACAGAGGCAGAAACACAGCUCUUGGAACCUUCUGUUUUGUCUUAUUUUUUCAUUUUAAGCAUUACUGACAGAGUUGAGAUAACUUUUUGUUCUACCAUGAAUAACCAUGGAAUAGCAUUAACAAGUGGAGGAUGUAAUAAAUUAGGCAUCUCUUCAUUUUAGAGAGAGAAGAUGGAAACAUCAUUGAUUUUCUUUUCUCAAUUAAAUAUGUGUGAAUCAAAAGAAAAAACUUUUUUCAGGCUAAUGCAUGGUUUGGCAAAAGAGGAAACAAGCAAAGGAGCCAAAAUCAGAGCUAAGGAAAAAAGAAACCGGCUAAGUCUUCUCCUGCAGAAACCCGAGUUCCAUGAGGAGACCCAGACCGGUAGAUAUGGGCACUUGGCCAAAGAAACAAGAGUCUCCCCUGAAGAAGCAGUGAUAUGGGGUGAAUCAUUUGACAAACUGCUUUCCCAUAAAGCUGGAUUGGAGACUUUUACCAGAUUUCUUAAAACUGAAUUCAGUGAGGAAAACAUUGAAUUUUGGAUAGCCUGCGAAGACUUCAAGAAAAGCAAAAACCCUCAACAAAUUAUCCAGAAAGCAAAAGCAAUAUAUGAAAAAUUUAUCCAGAGUGAUGCGCCACAAGAGGUUAACCUCGAUUUUCACACCAAGGAACUCAUUGCUAAGAGCAUGACCCAACCCACCCUCCAAAGUUUUGACGCCGCACAGAGCAGAGUGUAUCAGCUUAUGGAACAAGACAGUUACACACGUUUUCUGAAAUCUGACAUCUAUUUAGGCUUGAUAGAAGGAAGGCCUCAGAGACCAACAAAUCUGAGAAGGCGAUCACGUUCGUUUACCUAUAAUGAAUUCCAGGAUGUAAAGUCGGAUGUUGCCAUUUGGUUAUAAAGAAAAUGAAUUUUGCUCAUUUUGGUGGCAAGAUUGUACAUCUGCUUCUAAGACAGUAGCAUAUUAUGUUAACAAAUGGGUACAUCUUUUAAAAUAAA